UUGGUUGAAAAUCAUUCUUUUUCAGAGCAGUCUGUUCGUCUUGCAUAUUAUUUGUUUCUCGGGCAAAUAAACGAAUCAAAACAGAGACAUAAAGUACAGAUACUUAGAUUCAUCUUGACUUGUUUUUCGCUGCGUUCAAAAAAUGGAAAACCCCUGGGUUAAAAAAUCCGUUUCAAAUUUUUUUACCGACUGUCGAGAUAUUUUUGGUGACAAGAGUACAUUCGUGGGAUUCGAAGCUGACGAGUCGACGACCUUAAGAAAUCAAGCGUCUCAAGAUGGAUUAAAUUCGAUUCAACUUUACGGAACUAUCGUCUACAAAGAUAAAAAUGGAAAUAUACGCAAAUCGGCCGCCAUUAUGUUCAAAUUAACGCCGAAAAUAAAACAUAGUAAGUUCAUAUCAUAUUCUUUUUUCAACGAGUUGAAUUUCUAUACGAAAAUAGUUCCUGUAUUGAGCACGCUGGAUAAAUCGUUCGUAUCCUUAUUUCCGCAAUUUUUCUACGGUGAAAUGGUAUUUAACGUUAAAGAAGACAAAUCGGUGAUUAUCUUGGAGGAUUUGAAAGCCAAAGGUUAUAAAAUGACGGAAAAGAAAUCCUUCCUCGAUCGCGCUCAUUUAAUUAUAAUGAUGCGUAAACUCGGCCAAUUUCACGCCUAUUCAUAUAAAGCUAAACGCGACAUUCCUCAGUUAUUCUAUCCUUUAGCUAAUAAUUGUACCGAGACUAACCCUUUAGUAAAUAUGGAGAUGUGUAAUUUUUUACCUCAUUUGGCUCAGCGUGGAUUUCAACACUUGAUACAAAAAGACCCAUCUUAUCGAGUCUACGCUCCUAAAAUCGAAUCAAUGUUGGAAAAUGUGGAUGAUAAAUGCGUCGAAUAUUUAACCGGCGAUGUUAAAAAUCCUAAUUCUGUAAUCAUUCACGGAGAUUACCUGAGAAACAACGUUAUGUUUCAAUACGAAAACAAUGUUCCUCAAGAUAUGAUUUUUAUGGACUUGGCCACGUAUCGAUUUGCGUCUCCUGUUAUCGAUUUAUUGACUGUUUUGUACUUGAAUACUGAUCAGAAGAUUAGAGAUGAGCUUUGGGAUACGCUGAUUGACGAGUAUUACGAAGCUUUGAAAUCAACUUUUCCCAAAGAUAAAGUACCAGAAAAGGAGGAAAUUUUGGGCGAAUUUGUUGACAGGGCUUUUUACGCCUAUUUGAUAGCUUCGCAUUUUCUGCCUAUCCUGAUUGCGAAUGAUGCUGCCGAUGGUGCUACUGUAUCUGAUGCGAGGAAUUUCAUGAAAUCUGGACGUCAUGAAAUGGGAUUCCACGAGCUACCCAAGGAAGUUUUGAUCAAGGCUGUGUUGGGUAAAGGAGGAGAGGCAGGUACGAAAGCUUUGAGUGAUGUACUUCAAGAUAUUAUCGAUAGAGGAUUUAUUUGCAAGUGAUUAGCUAUACAAGUUGAUAUGAAUUUAAUUACGAGGAUGUUUAGCAAGUUAUUGUGUAAAUGAUUGUACUGUUUAUUGAUACCUAUUGUGAUAAAUACCUACCUACUUACAUUAUUUUGAAGCUAUGACAUCGUCUUGGCUGAUUCGUUCAAUUUUUCAUUGAAUAUUUUUUUAUUUACAAAAUAUGAAUAAGAUUAUCAUGUAUUUUCUAUACUUAUUGAAAAAUGUUCAUUUUUUAUUUUAAAAAAAUUAUAAUGUAUGAAAAUAGUA